AUGGAUUUGGCUUUUCAGCUGCUGGCGGCAGCGGCAGCGUUUCUGCUGCAGGGCUGCGAAAUUAUGGAGAACAUUCAGGCGGCAACUGGCGUGGGCCAGAGCAAUGCGGGCCAGAGAAAUGCGAGCGCCGGCGAGACGAAGUCGGCAGUGCCCGCAGUGCCGCUGGCUGCGGGCAUGUGGGGGGGGGACCUGCGCCUAUUGGUGGACGUGUCGCCGGGCUCCGACGCCUCCAGCCCCAAGCAGAGGCUUGUCUUGGAUACAGGCUCGUCAACCUUGGCCUUCUGCAGUAAAGCGCUGACGACGCAGCCGCAGUACCAGCAAACAAGCUACAUCUCCUGCAACAUCUACAACCCCGGCGGCACUGCCACUGGCUACUGGGGUCCCUUUGUGAAGGGCCCGGUGCUUCUUGGUGGCUUCCAGCUGGAUGCGGACUACAGCAUCAUGGCGCAGGAGCUGAACAUGCCAUGCACCCAGGGCCUGCAGGGCAUCUUCGGCAUUGCGUUCAGGCAGCUGGACUCCGCCUACCACGCCGAGCAGUCGCCGGACUGGCCGACUGCGCAGGAGUCAAGGUCUGGGUCGCCGGGCACCUCCCUCAGCUGUCCGAAGCAGCCGGCGGGUGUGGAGCCGUCGCCGCUGAUCUCCAACCUGAGGUCGAUGGGCGGGGAGCAGAUUGGCAUCUACUGGUCUGGGCAACAAGGAGAUGAGGCGGGCAGCCUCUACUUGGGCGAGGCGGCCACGCUCAACCAGCACUAUGAUGCCAGUUCUGCCCUGGGCCCUGCACAGCUAGGCGAGCUGGGCUGGUAUGACAUCCAGGUGCAAUCCAUUACUGUGGGCAGCCAGAGCUUCACAGACUUGGAGUGCGACCCCAGCCGGGGCAAGACGUGCAUCAUGGACACCGGCACCCCUGCCAUCGUGGUGCCCGAGGAGGUCUUCAAUUACGCCCAGAUCUCCGGGGGGUCGCUGACCUUUCAGCUGGCAGGCGCAGGAGGAGCUCCCACCCUGCUGCAGUUCGACCUGCAGGCGCUGCGGCAGGCGAAUGCGCUGAUGAAGGCGAACUCAGACGACGGCAUGAUCCUGGGCCUGCCACUCUGGAUGUUCUACUAUACCGUCUUCGACAUUGGCCAGAAAACAGCAUACUUCGUGCCCACCUCGAACAGCGCGAUGCCGGCGCCGGUGCCAGCGGAAGAGCCGCAGCCAGGCAGCGGAGGCGACAGCCCUUGGAACCCACAGCCUGCCGGCGACAGCCCUUGGAACCCACAGCCUGCCGGCGACAGCCCUUGGAACCCACAGCCUGCCGGCGACAGCCCUUGGAACCCACAGCCUGCCGGCGACAGCCCUUGGAACCCAUUCCCGCUGCCUGGCGGCGUUUGGCUCGAGGACAAUGCCACGGACCCGGAGAACACCACGGAGCCCGUGGAGGAGGACGGCCGCAAGUUAUCUUCGGCAAUCCAUGUCUGA